UUCCUUUUCUCAUGAUGUUGGUGACUACUGUAUUACAAAUAUGGUUGGAUGGUCUGGACCCAUAGCUGUAGCAUCAAAGAAGAUAACAGCACCAACAAUAUUCUUGUCUUUGGGUUUAGAGGAAAAAUGUGUCUUGAUGAAACUGAAACCAACUUUACGUUCAGUUAAAUCAGGUGACACACCCAUUGAAAGGAUACCAAAACCAAAAGAAAGAGGUCACAGUGGUGGUGAGGUAAGGAAGAGAAGAGGCAGUGAAAAAAAUGCAGAAGAAGGUAUGACAGAAAGAGAUGACACAAAAGAAGAAAAACCAAAGAAGAAAUAUGUUAAUACAACACUACGUGGGACCAAAUAUUUUUCAUUUGAUUCAGAGAAAGUCUCUGUAACAGAGACUGUAUUCAAAAAGAAGAAAGAUGAUGAGGCCUAUCAGAAAUGCUGUCGUUUAUCUUUAGACCACAAAGUGCUUGUGACAGGUGGUACAGAUGGACACCUGCGAGUAUGGGGUCUCCCAGAUAUGAACAGACUAAAGGACAUUAAAGGACAUGAUGAUGCAGUUGAUGAUGUUGACAUUAAACCAGAUGGGAGACAGCGCAAGCUGAGUAAUACAGUGCCUGUUCCAAAAAGUGGUAUUUCUGCAGAGUGCAGUAAUGCAGGUUAA